AUGUCUGCAGCACCACUACAGAUCGUCAACGAGCGACAACUCAAUACUCGCACAAACAACGUGUACACUCCAACAAAGCACAAUGGCGGCAAGGAAAACCUACAUCUAAGCAGCAACAAGCGUCUUGAUCAUAACAAUGACCAACACAGGCAACCAGCUCAAAAGAAGAAGAAGGAGAAACUUUCUGCUCUGUGUAAGACACCACCAUCUCUCAUCAAAACUAGAGGCAGAGACUACCACAGAGGCCACUUCCUCGGCGAAGGUGGGUUCGCUAGAUGUUUUCAGAUUAAAGAUGACUCCGGCAAGAUCUUUGCUGCCAAGACGGUGGCCAAAAUUUCGAUAAAAUCUGAGAAAACUAGAAAGAAGUUGCUGUCUGAAAUUCAAAUACACAAGAGCAUGCGACACUUUAAUGUUGUUCAAUUUGUUGAUUGUUUUGAAGAUGACACAAAUGUUUACAUUCUGCUAGAAAUAUGCCCGAACGGCUCGUUAAUGGAUCUUCUGAAACGAAGGAAAUUGCUGACUGAACCAGAAGUAAGGUUCUUCACCACUCAAAUUAUUGGUGCGGUAAAAUACAUGCAUAGUAGACGGGUCAUUCAUAGAGACUUGAAAUUGGGGAACAUCUUUUUUGAUAAGCACUAUAAUUUGAAAAUCGGUGACUUUGGAUUGGCCGCCGUGUUAGCCAACGAUAGAGAGCGCAAGUUUACGGUUUGCGGAACACCAAACUACAUAGCGCCCGAGGUUCUCACUGGGAAACACACUGGUCAUUCUUACGAGGUUGAUAUAUGGUCUUGCGGAGUAAUGAUCUAUGCCUUGCUUGUGGGUAAACCACCUUUCCAAGCAAAGGAGGUGAGCAUCAUCUAUGAGAGAAUUAAAUGCGGAGACUACGCUUUCCCAAAAGAUAAAUCCAUUUCUCAAGAAGCAAUGAUCUUGAUCAAAGAUAUAUUGUCGAUAGAUCCUUUGGAGAGGCCGUCAUUAGACGAAAUGAUCGAUUAUGUGUGGUUUAGAGGUAUAUUUCCACCAAGGAUUGACUCCAGUGUUCUGACAUCAGUACCGUUAUUCGAUGACAUAGACAUGGCACAAUCCAUGACAAACUUCAAAAACUGCAUGGUGCAAUCUGGUUUUGUUGCUGGUUCUUCGUCUUCCACCAAGGAUCCAAUCAAACUAGUCAAAAAUGACCUUGAACAAGAAAGAAGCAGAACCAUUUUGCCGCAAUCGCUGUCACCGGGUGGCACCAAGAAUAAGUAUCAGGAAGUUGUAGACCUUGAAGCCCAGAAGAAAAUGAAUGAUUUAGCACGCGAAGCAAGAAUCAGAAGAGCCCAACAAGCAACCAUAAAGAAGGACCUAGUUGCCACAUCUACGAACGCCAUCAAGUCAGAAAUUUCUUUAAGAAUUUUGGCUAGUGAGUGCCAUCUAACUCUGAAUGGUAUUCUGGAGGCUGAAGCACAGAAAAGGAUGGGUGGACUACCCAAAUCAAGGCUGCCGAAACUCAAGAACCCGAUAGUAGUCACCAAAUGGGUUGAUUAUUCCAACAAACAUGGAUUUUCGUAUCAACUAUCUACGGACGACAUUGGUGUACUAUUCAACAACGGAACCACGGUGCUGAGGCUGGCAGAUGCCGAAGAGUUUUGGUAUAUUAGUUACGACGAAAGAGAAGGAUGGGUGGCAAGUCACUAUAACUUGACUGAAAGACCCCAAGAAUUGGCAAGACACUUGGAGGUGGUAGAUUUUUUCUCGAAAUACAUGAAGGCGAAUUUGAGCAGGAUCUCGACUUUCGUUCGCGAGGAGUAUCACAAAGAUGACGUUUUUCUACGAAGAUACACUCGUUAUAGACAGUAUGUGAUGUUCGAGCUGAGUGACGGAACGUUCCAGUUCAAUUUCAAAGAUCACCAUAAGUUUGCCGUUUCCGAGGGCGGGUCUCUAAUAACGUACAUUUCCCCCGAUCGUGAAAGCUCUACGUACCCAACGGUGGAGCUUUUAAAGACCGGCGAGAUUCCAGGCCAUCCCGACAUCGAUUUUACCGACAAACUGUUUAUGAUGAAAGAAGGCUUGAAGCAAAAAGCCGCAAUUGUAUCCAUAGCACAGCCGCAAUUGUAG